AUGAGCAGAGCCUUACUUGAAUGGACAACCAGAUUUCUUCUUUGCAAUUAUGGUCUUCGCAAAUUGAAAAAACUCAUAUGGGGAUCAAAAUCUUUGUUAGUGUUGUCUGAAAAAACUGUUAACAGCCAAGGUACAAUUUAUGUCAAUCCAUUGAACCUCUUACGCUAUGGAGUUGUUAAUAAUCAGAUUGUACAAAUAUUUAUAACAUUCCGAACGAGACAAGGCUGUGUGAAGCAUGAAGAAAGGGUAAUGCGAGUUGUAUCACUUAUGUAUAUACCAAAAGAGGAAUUCCUCUUGGGAUCGGACGAUAUUUACAACAUAUUCGACAAGGACCCUAUCACAUUUGCUAAAUUAGACACCAUGCGUCCUUUCACUUUUGAUGGUUCUAAUAUUUCACGCCGCCCGAUCGACUCUAUCCGACUUGCUCCAGUAAAAACAAAUCGUAAGAUUUCGAGCUCUUUCGAUUUUGCAGAGGAUUUAACAAAAGUCUUCAGAACACCCAGAAUUAUUUAUCAACAUGAUGUUUUAACUAUGAUAACUACUGAUAAGUUUACAAAGGAGAAAAGUAAACACUGUUUUAGGGUUGACUGCUUCCAAUCCCCCUGUAUAGUUGAUUUGAGAACUUCUGUGUAUGAAACUGCGUCUGUAAAUCAAAACAUUCCAUAUGGGGAUUAUGCAGAUUUUAAAAAGAUCCUCCCGACUGCUCUACCAGAAGUACCGCGACCACUUUUCACUAUCAUCGAAAGAAUGCGCGACUUACUGUACGCUUCUGAACAUAUAAGAGAGGAACCAUUAGUUCUAUUGUUAGUUGGCAGCGCAGGAGCUGGUAAAAGACUUCUAGUAAAGCGCUUCUCUGAGCUCACACACCAGAAUUUGAUUGAAAUCAAUUGUUUCGACAUAUGGAGCGAUAUACCUGCUCAGACUGAAGCUAAACUGAAGCUCUUGUUCGAUAAAGCAAAGAACUGUCAACCAUGCAUAAUUCAUUUUAGUAAUGUGGAUGUUUUGGGUUUUGACCCUAACUCCUCCGAAAUCGAUCACCGUGUCAUAUCUACUGUACGAAACUUAUUGGACGACCAAUCGAGAUUAACUGUAAUUUUCUCUUGUCGUUCAGAUUUAGUUACCCAACUGUCAUCAUCACUGCUAUCAAUAGCUCUAUAUCAUUUCUCUAUUGAACAUUUGAAUGAAGAAGAUCGUUUGAUAUUUCUCUCUCACCACUUCUCUACUCCAAAUGCUCAAUUCGCUGCCAGACAUACCUCAGGUUUUUCGAUAGCCGAGCUAAACAACUUCUUGACGGAUGUGACACAUAUCUUGAAGAGUAAAGGAGAAGAUCUGUCUAAAGCUAUUCAAUCUGCUAUUGAUAAAAGAAACUCAUCAUUUGCUGAUGCUAUCGGAGCACCGAAGAUUCCUUCUGUGCUUUGGGAUGAUGUUGGAGGGCUCGAAGAAACAAAGCAGAUUGUGAUCGAAAGUAUUGAAGGGCAUCUUAACGGGGGGAAGAGUUUGAAACGAUCUGGAGUUAUCCUCUUCGGUCCGCCUGGCUGUGGUAAAACUUUAAUAGCCAAAGCUGUCGCCACUGAGUUCAAAAUCGCUUUCUUAAGUGUGAAAGGGCCAGAGUUAUUGAACAAGUAUGUUGGUCAAAGUGAAGAAAAUUUGAGAAAAGUAUUUGAGCGUGCUCGACAGGCAUCACCAUGUGUGAUUUUUUUUGACGAACUGGAUUCUUUAGCUCCCAAUCGGGGUAGAAGUGGAGAUUCUGGUGGUGUAAUGGACAGAAUCGUGUCUCAACUCUUGGCAGAGUUAGAUACUCUUCAUGACGACCCUCAGUGCAAAGUUUUCGUAAUGGCUGCAACCAAUCGGGCGGAUUUGUUAGAUCCCUCUCUUCUCACACCUGGGCGAUUUGACAAGGUUGUGAAUGUAUCACCUGGGAAAAAUGUAGAGGACAAGAAGAAGAUACUCGAAGCUGUCAGUCGCAAAAUGAGAAAAGCUUCUGACGUUGAUGUUAGUAAAAUAGCUGCACUGUGUCCAGAUAGUAUGUCAGGAGCGGAGUUGUAUUCGUUGGUGUCAACAGCUACAAUGAAGGCUCUUCGAGAACAGAUAAACGCAAUCGAAGCGGGUCGAAUGCGCUUAAGUGAUGCUGAAGUUAUAAUUAGUCAGAACCACUUGGAAGAUGCACUCGAUAAUGUGAUAAGCAGAAAGAAAAUGGCUACUUCAUGA